AUGUAAAAAUUGUAUAUAGGUAAGGUUAAAGAGGUGAAUAAGUAGGAAAUAUAUAAGUUGUUAAUUCAGUAUGGAUUAAUAAAAAGCUUUGAGGAUAAGGAUAGCUUUUGCUUUGUAGAAUAUUACUAUGAGAGUGAUGCUCGAAUGGCUUAGUAUGAAUUAGAUGGAAGAUCUGUUUGUAAUAAUAGAAUAGUAGUCUAAUUUUCGAAGGCAUUAAUGAAACAGGAAGACUUAUUAAAGGAAGCAUUACCAUCAUCUACUCGUAAGAUCUAUGUAGGAAAUUUAAAUCACAAAUUCACUAGUUAAGAAUUAGUUGAGAUCUUUAAUAGGUUUGGAAAGAUAUUAGAUAUAAUAUUUAAAGAGACAUAUGCAUUGAUUGAAUAUCCAACAUAACAAUGCGCUACUGAAGCAAUUUUGUAUAUGAACGAGAAGAACUGCAAAGGUGAAACUUUGAAAGUAGAUCUCUAGAAAACUUAUGAUGAAGUUGUGAGUUCCAGUAAUCGUAUUUAUAUAGGUACAUAUUUAUGAUCAAAAUUGAAUAGGAAAGAUUGGUAAUUUGAAGAAAAUGGAUUUAAUUUUGAAUUUUGGAUAAUUUGGAUUUAUUGAAGAUAUUAGUGUAAAGGAUGAUCUCUAUGCAUUUAUUUAAUACAGAAAUAAUUUACAUGCCAGUAGAGCUAUUAAGGAAAUGAAUAAUAGUGAAAUAAAAGGAAAUAGAAUAUAGGUUCAAGAAGCCAGAUGUAAAAUAGGAAUUUAAUAUCAGCUAAAAACCAUUUGCCAUUAAAUUUUAACAUCAGCCAAUUUUUACCUUAGCAUUCCAAUUUACUAGAUUAGUUAGCUCCAACUCAAUUAUUAAACAAAGGCCCUGAGGAUAAUAAGAAUACUAUUUUGUAAAAACCAAGUAGAAGUAGAAGCAGAAGUAAAGAAAAGAAAACAUGUUAAAAUGGGUUGGCUAUACUUAAAGAUCUUGAAUUAACUUGAAUUUAUUAUAUAUAAGCAAU